AUGAAGACCAUCCAGCCGCCUCCGGAGCCGACCUCCAGACCGGCAAGCUACGAAGCGCAGUCCGCCGUCCAUCGCGUGUUCGACAUAGUUGAGCUCCGCGAGUCGAUCAUGAUGUCACUUGUCUACGACACAAACAACCGCACAGCGGGACUGAGAGACCUUAUGCCAUGCCGACUGGUCAGCCGCAUCUGGUACCGUUCCGUCAAGGCCAUUGCCUACAGCAAGGAGAUGCGUCGUGAGUUCAUGGUCAACGGAAAGCCUAAAGCCUACGGCUACCACCUCGCGCCGGUGGCCUGGAAAGAUUUUCUGCGCAAUGACUCCUUUUCCCCGAUCCCAACCAGGCUUGGUGGUCGUCAUGGCGAUGUCAUCUACACCUUCCGUCCUUGGGAACAGCUGGUGUUCAACCCGUUGCUUGCCGACGUGCUCGUUCUAUCCAGGGCGGUUGAUACUACCUUUCAGGGCGACAAGAGGCUCUCUCGUGGCAUGUUCAUCUUCGAUGGAGAUCUAUGCCCCAACGCUGAGUCCAGCUGCUGCGAAGGCGUGAAGGAGCUGCAGUACAGAGCGUCAGCAGCCUGGGAUGAUGGCGCCAGCAACGACGGUUCUUUGCCCGACAACACCGAUGACGGCAACGAGGAGGUUGAGAAAAUUCGUCUGAGCAUCACCAAGACUCUGACCACAUGGCUCAAGGAAUCCACUUUCUUUGGAUAUUCUUCCAACCCCGUUACCAUCUUCGACCUGAUCCCUUUUCGCCACUGUUAUCUCACUGAUCGCGCCACCUGCCUGAUGGCGUUUUACUUCGGAGGCUCAGUGGACAAGACCGAUGGCGUCAGGAUCCCGCUGCGUGGCUUACACGAAUGCAUGGCUAGGAGCAAGACCGGCAUCAGGAUCGGCCAUCUGGUCGUUCUUUGCGCUCUCCGCCACAACUACCUCAAGUGGGGUGAAACGAAGCGAGGUUUCGUGUUUGACGACGAGCAUAUGAUCAUUAUCGAGGAGGAGGACGAUUGGUUUUGCACCUUCCCCAUGGAAAGUAGGAUGCUGCCGGCGGACAGAGAGCUAUGGAUUUCCAAGGUUGAGGGCAAGGAGACGUUUGAUCCGGCGAACCGUGAGGGUGUUGUCGUCACCAACAUGUAG